AUGUUCAUGAGAUUCUGUGGGGGUGGCAUUAGCCAUAUGGCUUGCUCGCAAUUGGUCCUGAGCAAAGAUAUAGUCGACAAGGCGUCUGACAAGGAAGAGGAUGUGACGGCGGACCAACCAACCACCAGCGGGGCAAGGUCAGCAGAGAAAAGGCUGGCAUUUGAUGGGGUCCAGGUGAUGGAGGACAAAGACGAGGUUGACCCCGAAGAGGAGGAUAUGGACAUCAAUGCCGUGGAAAUGGACUUUGAUGAUGGGGAGUUUGAUGACAACAACAAGGACAAGCCUGAUAUAUUUGACAAUUUUGAUGACUUAUGA